AUGACUAAAAAUGAUAAUAAAAUGGGCCUUUUCGGGGCCAUAUCGUAUAUUAUUGGUAAUAUUGUUGGUUCAGGUAUUUUUAUAACACCUACUGGAAUUUUAAAAUCAGCAAACUCUAUUGGAACAUCAUUACUUAUUUGGAUUGCAUCAGCUUUUUGUUCAACUCUUGGAGCAUUUAAUUAUGUUGAAUUAGGUACAUCUAUACGUGAAUCUGGAUGUGAUUUUUCAUAUAUUACAUAUGUUAAAUGGCAUCCAGUAGCAUUUUCUUUUAUGUUUGUUGGUUGUAUUAUUAUUUAUCCAGCAACAUUAGCAGUACAAGCAUUAGCAUUUAGUACAUAUAUUUUUAAAGGUUUUGGUAUUUGUACAACUGGAAAUUAUGUUUAUGCUGAAAAAUUACUUGGUUUUUGUUUAAUGUGGUUACUUAUGUUUUUAAAUUUUUUUUCUAUAAAAAAAAUUGUUUCUAGAUUUCAAAUAGUUGCAUCUAUAUCAAAAAUUGUUACAUCAUCAAUUAUUAUUGUAACAGGUUUUUAUUUUUUAAUUUUUAAGAAAGGAUAUGAAAAUUUUAAAGAUCCUUUUUAUGGUAAACCAAUUACUGGUAGUGGAUUAGUUACAGCAAUGUUUAGUGGUCUUUAUUCAUAUGAUGGAUGGGAUAUUCUUAAUUUUGGACUUGGAGAAGUUGAAAAUCCUAAAAGAACAAUGCCGUUAGCAAUUAUUUUUGGAAUGUCUACAAUUGCACUUAUAUAUGUUUGUUUAAAUAUUGCAUAUUUUUCUGUUUUAACAAUAGAUGAAAUAUUAGAUUCAACAGCUGUUGCAACAACAUUUGCCCAAAGAACUUUAGGAGAUUUUCAAUAUGCUGUACCAUUUCUUAUUAGUAUUGUACUUAUUGGUUCAAUGAAUAGUACAAUAUUUUCUGCUUCUAGAUAUUUACAAUCAGCAUCAAGAAAAAGAGCUUUACCAAGUUUUAUAGCAUGUACAAAUUUUAUACAUGAUUCACCAAGAGUCGCAAUUUUAGUUCAUGUUAUUCUUGCAAUUAUUAUAUCAUUUGUUGGUGAUUUAGAUCAACUUAUUAAUUAUGUAUCUUUUUGUCAAUGGUCUCAACGUGGAACUACAAUGAUAGCUUUAUUAUAUAUUAGAUUUUUUCAUAUACCAGUUCAUCCAAAUGCUACAAGAAUGCCAAUAAUUAUGCAUAUAGUAUUUGUUUUAAUUUGUGGUACAUUAACAAUAUAUACAAUUGUAACUGAAUUUGAAAUAGCACGUGUAGGUUUAGCUUGUUUAGCUGUAGGAUUAAUAUGUUUUAUAUUAUUUAAAUGGAAUAUUACAUUAUCAAGAUUUGAAUUAUAUAAAAAAUAUUCCGCACUUGUAGAUAGAAAUGCAGCAGUCAUUGCACAAGUUGUUUUUAAUGGAUUAUCAGAUAUAGAAUUAUCAUCUGAAGAUAUAGAUAAAAUUGAAAAUGUGGUAUCAUCUAAUGCUAUUUCUGGUAAUGAAAAUGAGGCUUUAGAAUAUGAUUCAAUAAGUCAAACUGAUAGUGAUAUUAGGAAAAGAUUUUAA